AUGGUAUCUUAUGAAAAAUAUUUCGUCUUUGCAGAAGCUACAUAUGCAUAUAAAAACCAAAAGCCUAUUAUACAACUCAUUGUCGAAUCAAACUAUGUAGAGGAUGGUUGGUUGGGCGACCUCAUCGGCACUUUAAAGUACUUCAAACUCACUUGUGAAUCCUCCGUUGGAAAUGAAUUUCGAAAUAUCCAGAAGGAAAUCGGAAAUAGAGCACUUUCAGAAGAUAUUGUUAUUCCUGUAUCUGAAACACAUGUUUUUUCGGGGAAGAAUGUGCCAAGCGAUGACGUGGACGGCCGGCACACAAGUGUAAUUAAUUGGACUACAGACGACGUUGAAAAGUGGUUAAAAGACAACCUCAUGUCAGACUACAACAGUUGUAUGAAAGAUGUGAACGGAGAAAUUCUUUUGCAAAUGGUGAAAUUUUCAAAGAAAGCCCCUGAAUUCUUCUAUUCACAAUUGAAAUUGGACUUCGGGAUGAGUCUAGUUCAGAUAUUAAAAUUUGCAAACGCUCUUGAAAAAUUGAACAUCUGAAUUGUAUUAAGGCAUUGAGUGGGCUUAUCAAUAAUGUAAAUAGUAAUUGUAAUUGUAAUGUGUAACAAUGAUUAAUUAGUAUUGAUAGUAA